AUGGAAGCAGCGCCAACCACUCCAUCGACAAGUGCGGUCCUGUACACGUACGUGCAAGUGUUGGUGUUGAUGGCAUGGGUUGUGGCGGUCGCAGGAAAAGAGGUUCUUGUGCUUGUCAGCGGCGGAAGCGACUCCGUUGCUCUCCUCCUCGCCCUUGAACGAGCCGCGAAGACCUUCCAGCCGCCCCUCCGGGUAGAAGCGGCGCAUUUCAACCACGGUCUUCGGGGAAAAGACUCAGACGCCGACCAAGACUUGGUGGUGAAAAUGGCAGACAGCCUCCGGGUGCCCUUGCACGUUAGGCGCUGGAAAGGACCGGAAGAGGGGGGCACGGGCGGACCAGGGUCGGGUAUGCAGGAGAGGGCGAGGCGAUGGAGGCGUGCCGAAGCCAAAGACAUCCUCGCCAAGAGCAUGACCGAGGCGGGGGCAGGGCGAGGUGGGAGGGGGGUGAUCGCGACGGCCCACCACAAGGAUGAUCAGACCGAGACGGUCUUGCUCAAGGCCCUCCGGGGGGCGCAUAUCACCAACAUUCAGGGCAUGGCGUGGCACUCGGAUCCUUUUGUGCGGCCGUUGCUGGGGGCCCACAAAACGGAACUCUUGGACUUUUUGGUCCGGGGGAGGCAUGCCUGGAGAGAAGACGGGAGCAACCAGGUGGCGAAGUACGCCAGGAAUCGCGUUCGGCUCCAGUUGAUCCCUCUCCUGCGGGAGCUCGCGGGCGGGACCAAGGCCCUCGACACCCGCGUCGAGGAGCUCUCCCGCCAAAGCCACUUUGCUAGGCAGAUGGUAGAGCGGGAGGCGUUGCGCUGGGAAAGGGCGCACUUGUCAGGGUGCCGUUUCGACGACGAAGCGGGGGGUUGUAGGGAUGAGACUGACCAGGUCGGAGGGGCUGACCAAUCAGCAGGUACCAGGGGAACGGUUGAUCGAUCCGGAGGGGUCGGGGACGUGGCGCCGUCGGGGAUAAGGCGAGAGGAGUUCCCGCUGCAGGCGUUCUUGAGGAAGGGGCCGGGAGGAGAUGGUAGUGAGCAAGGGUGGGCAGGGUCUGACUUGCCCGAGCUGGUCAGAGAGGAGCUGCUGCAUCGGUUCAUCGUGGGCGACUUGCUCCGCAUAGAGCAGAGCCCUGCGGACGGCGGAAUCAUGGUAUCGGGCCUCGAAGGCAGGACAGUCUCGGAGCAAGGCAUAGUGCGACACUCCACGGAUGCAGCCAUCACACCGUGGGAGAUGGUGGUCAGCCCUUGGGGGGAGGGAGGUAGCGUUGGGUUGGGUGAAGAGGGUGAUAGUGGCCAUGGGGAGGGAAGGGCGACUGAAGCGGGGAUGGUGCUCUUCAACGUGGCUGCGGGGGCGCGGCUGCACGUCAGGCGAAAAAAGGAUGGAGAUCGCUUUCGGCCAGCAUGGCGCGAUAGGCCCGCGAAGCUCAAGGAUUUCCUUCGCGGGCAAGGGGUGCCGUUACACCGCAGGGACGAAGUGGCCUUAAUCUGCGACCACCACGACGCGGUUAUCGCGGUGUACCCAUCCUACCCCGGGUUCGGGGUUUGCCAGGACAGCACAGGGGAGGAACCGAUUCGCGUAAGAAUAGCGGGGACGCCCCUGUUCUGUCCCCGCCCGGAAGAUCGGGGAGGAGCACCCGCCUCAUAA